UAACUGGCCUGUCGGAACAGGAAGUGGUAGAACACACGUGGGGAAAGAAACAUCUCUUGUGUGAAAUUACUGAUCUAUUUGUAGUCAUAGACAUUACCACUUUUGCGUUGUGUUAGUUAAAUUGUGAACUUGUUUCUAAAUAUUCUCCGGUCGAUCUUUAUCCACGUCGAUCGCAGUAAAUGGCAGAGUGUGAAAAUGACAGUGAUGUAGAGAGCAGAAUCAGUUACAGAGACUAUGUUGUCCUGAAGAGAGGGGAUGUCUUCAAAUCAGUGCAGGUCGAAAAUAAAAAGAAAGUGGUCUUUGAGAAGCAGUGGUUCUUCUUGGACAAUGCGGUCGGGCAGCUGUUCGGGACCAGGUUUGAAAUCGAAGCCGGAGGUUCACUCAAACUCAAAGCAGCUAAACACUCCGGAGACUCCUUGGAUUCUAAGGAAGCAGGCCAGGAUAACAGACAUAUUGUGGAUGAUGGCAGUUCUCAGAAACUGACUAGAGAUGAUAUUGAAACUCUGAAAGAGCAAGGGCUGAAGGGUCAGGAGAUUGUUCAGCAGCUCAUAGACAACAGUACAACAUUCAAGGGCAAAACUGAAUUUGCUCAAGAGAAAUACAUCAAGAAGAAAAAGAAAAAGUACGAGAGUGACAUAACAAUCCUGAAACCCUCCACUCGACUCCUUGCCAUGAUGUACCACGGCAGAGAACCAGGGAAAAUAUGUCACCUACGGUACGACACAUUGGCUCAGAUUUUGACUCUGGGUAACAUCCACGCUGGCAGUAAAAUUCUUGUUUUUGAGACCUGUGCUGGACUUGUGUUGGGCUCGGUGAUGGAGCGAAUGGGAGGUUUUGGUUCAGUGAUUCAGAUGUAUCCCGGGGGAGGCCCAACGAGAGCCGGCAUGGAGAGCUUCGGCUUUCCGUCGCACUUCCAUGAGAUGCUGCAUGAGUUCCCUUUAUGCAAAGUUAACGCUCUGCUAGCGAGAACCCUGGAUCUGUCAGAGAAGGACGCCGAUUCUGAGGCCAGUGGCAGCGGGAACGGUCAAUCCGAGUCCACUCAGGAAACCUCAGCUGUGUCUGAGGAGAAGAGCUCAGAACCUCAGAGCAUGGAGGCCAGCAUCGACCCGCAAGAGGAAAUGAGGAGAGUGGAGAGAGAAAGACUGCGAGAAAAGAAGGCUCAAGAGAAAAAGGUGAAGAUGGAGGAGAAGAGGAAGAAGUUAGCUUCAGCUGCAGCUCUAUUAGAGGGCAGAAAUGCAGAUGGGUUGGUGAUAGCUAGUCGCUUCCACCCCUGUCCUAUGUUAAUGUGUCUGCUGAAGUUCAUCGCUCCAUCACGACCGUUCGUAGUGUACUGCCAGUACAGAGAGCCACUGAUUGAGUGUUACACAAAACUCAGGGAACAAGGAGGAGCAAUCAGUCUCAGAUUAACAGAUUCCUGGCUCAGGCAUUACCAGGUGCUGCCCAAUCGGACUCAUCCAGUGCUGCUCAUGAGUGGAGGUGGAGGGUAUCUCCUGUCAGGAACCACGGUCGCUGCAGACGCUGCCAAAGCUAGGAAUCAGCACAAAUCAGAGGAGCCUGUUGCCAAGAGGCUGAAACUGGAUGAGAUUAGUUCUGCCUAGGCAAUUAGUUUAGUUUAACUUAAGUGAAAAAAACAAAAACAAAUCAGUGUUGGACUCACACAUUCAGCCAGUGCUUUAUUCUCUUUAUGAGUUGCACAGCUUUAUUAUUCAAAGUCUGUUAUCUACUGUUUUUUGGUUUCUUUUUUUAAUAGAUUUGCAUUUAAGAGCUAAAUAAAUGUGCUCAUCCUUAUUUAUUUUGUUCUUAUUUAGCAAGAUGUGGAGGAAGGAAAUGUGCUGCUUUUUUCGGCAUCCUCUGCACUUGGCGAAUAACCAAGUUUUGCUUACAAAAUGCAUCAUUGCACAAGUAACCUGUAUAUGUAUCUGUUUUUAAUCAUUUUCAAAAGGUUUCCCGCAUUAAAACAUGAUAGAUGCAUUAAUCGGCUUUGGUCCCAUAAUUACACAUUUUAUUAAACGCAAACAAGUAAGCAGAGGUUCUGUUGAAGGCCAUAAAGAACAACAGAAAUGUUUCAACAUACUGUGUUUUUUUUUCACAGUUGUAAAGUAGUAGCAUGCUCUAAAAUGCAGACAAAUUUGCAGUCAAUAGUACAUGAUCAUUUUUUGUUAUUUUAGAAUGUAAUAAAGAGAAAAAUGAUGCACAUAA